CCAGCUCAUGUAUAUGUACCCUAAGCCAGACAGGAAAUCCUUACAUGGUAGCAACUUACCCCGCUUCUUGUUACGUGGCAGAGCACGCGAGUCAUGUUCAUGAUACCCAUGCUCCUAGCCUCUAUACUAUAAUCCUUCUAUCUCUCUUUCUUUAUGCUCUUGUGCUUUCCUUCAUUUUCACUGCCAGCGUACUGCUUAGAGCUCCACGAUCUCUAUCGCAAUCAUAAUUCCAUCGCGUCUGGAACUUUGAAGCUCUUGUCUUUAUCCUUCUAUCUUUUGCGCCCCAUUCGGCUCUUAUAAAUAUGGAUAACGACACACAACAAAAUGGACACAGGUGGGAAUUUACGCCUGUGGCGAAUCCCUCGAGUACGUAUUUCGAGCGCCAAUUCGAUAUCAGAGAUUAUAUGGCUCCCAGUCGAAAAAGCUUUGGCAAGAUGGAACUAGAGCUACGACCCCUGGCUGUAGAAGAGCCCGUGGAUGAGCCAUAUCCCGGUUCUCAACUGGAACCUGAGCCUGAGCCUGAACCAGCACGAGAGCCAGAGCCAGCGCCAGAGCCCAAACUGCCUGACGACCCUCACUAUAACAACUGGGAUAAUCUCAGUUCUAAAGAUAGGAAAAAACGAGAGAAGUCGCUGAUUAAGAGAGGGUUGCCUAUUCCUGGAAAGGAUUUUGACUGGCCUCCACCUCCACCUCCACUGCCGGAAGCUGUACGGGAGGAAUUUGUACAGGAGGAGCCUAUACAGGAUCCUGAACCAGCGCCAGCACCAGAGCCAGAGCCAGCGCCAGAGCCAGC